GCGGGGCUCGAGGCUCCAGUUCGCUCGGCUGCUAGCGCUGCUUUCUGUUCGCGUCGGCGGAGAGGCCGCGACAACCGCAUCAGAGCUGACGUGGGCGCGACGUGGGGCCGCCGCCGCCGGGUUGCCUGGGCGGCGGCCGUCGGGCUCUGCGUCCCCACCUCCUCCCGUCCGUAAUCAGUGACGAGGUCCGCUACGUAAACCCUUCGCGGCGGGAUAAAUAAAGAAGAAAACAGGGAAGGAGCAAAGCAUUGAUUACACAUGUAAUAAUAAUGAGCAAAUGUGGCAGGAAAAAGUAUAUGAGGACAAAUGUAAGGCAAAUGACCAUGGAAACAGUUGAAUCACAGGAUCGAAGUGCGACACAUUCUGUAGCAGAACAUAGCUCUGCUCAUAUGCAGACCGGCCAAAUUUCUGUUCCUACUCUAGCUCAGGUUUCUGUAGCUGGAUCAGGCACUGGAAGAGGCUCCCCAGCUGUGACUCUAGUACAGUUACCUUCAGGCCAAACUGUACAGGUCCAGGGAGUAAUUCAGACACCACAUCCAUCGGUUAUUCAGUCACCACAAAUACAAACUGUUCAGGUAGCAACAAUUGCAGAGACAGAUGAUUCUGCAGAAUCAGAAGUAAUCGAUUCUCAUAAACGUAGAGAAAUUCUUUCACGGAGACCCUCAUAUAGAAAAAUACUGAAUGAACUUUCCUCUGAUGUGCCUGGUAUUCCCAAGAUUGAAGAAGAAAAAUCAGAGGAAGAAGGAACACCACCUAACAUUGCUACCAUGGCAGUACCAACUAGCAUAUAUCAGACUAGCACGGGGCAAUACAUUGCUAUAGCCCAAGGUGGAACAAUCCAGAUUUCUAACCCAGGAUCUGAUGGUGUUCAGGGACUCCAGGCAUUAACAAUGACAAAUUCAGGAGCUCCUCCGCCAGGUGCUACAAUUGUACAGUAUGCAGCACAGUCAGCCGAUGGCACACAACAGUUCUUUGUCCCAGGCAGCCAGGUUGUUGUUCAAGAUGAGGAGACUGACCUUGCCCCAAGUCACAUGGCUGCUGCCACAGGGGACAUGCCAACUUACCAGAUCAGAGCUCCUACUACUGCUUUGCCACAAGGAGUGGUGAUGGCUGCCUCACCAGGAAGUCUGCACAGUCCCCAGCAACUAGCAGAAGAAGCAACUCGCAAGCGGGAGCUGAGGCUGAUGAAAAACAGGGAAGCUGCUAAAGAAUGUCGACGUCGAAAGAAAGAAUAUGUAAAGUGUCUGGAGAGUCGAGUUGCAGUGCUGGAAGUUCAGAACAAGAAGCUUAUAGAGGAACUUGAAACCUUGAAAGACAUUUGCUCUCCCAAAACAGAUUAGUAGAAAUAUUUAACUAUGAACUGAUUACAGCAUGUACAGUUGCUUUUGAAUGCAAUACAAUAUAUAGCCGGCAAGAAUUAUGGCCUUUUCCUUUGUAUCAUUCAUCUGACUUUCUAAUAUCUAACAUUCCUAAAAUGCUUCAUUGUAUUUAAGUAGCUCUUACCUCUAAGGUCAUUUUUUUUUUUUUUUAAGAAGAGACAAACUGUAAAAAAAAAAAAUGUAUGUAACAAAUUCUUAAAAUGAAAUAUUUGUAAGACUUGUUUCAGUGCAACAUAUUUGCAGUUCCCAGUCUCUCUGUCAUGAAUAGUGUCCUAUGCAAUAAAAAUGUUGCAGAUUUUAAGAAUCAUUUCAGGAAAGGAUGAUCAAAGGCAGUGCAUCCAGCAGUACAAUAAAAUCAAACCACAGACAUACCUCAGGAAAGAAUGAAAGGAUGUGUAUCUUAAUGACAUGGCUAUGCGAGAAGAAUAGCCUAGAAAUGAACUUGUGCAUUUAUAGAUUUUAUAAUCGUCACUUUGUAAAGAAAAUAUUGUAUUGCUGUCCUUGAAUGCCAUAGUUGAAGACAGUUUUCAAUAGAACCAUGUUGGUUGCUCUUUGUA